UCCGGUUUACUUGCAGAUUUAUAGGAUCCGUCGUGGUACUAGUUGCUCUCCAGUGCUGCGAGAACCUGCUGCGCUCUUUCCCGACCAACUUCAUCCUGCUCUUUGUCUUCACGAUCUUCGAAUCGGUGUUUCUGUCCGCAAUAUGCUUGUUUUACAAGCGCGACGAAGUUAUGAUGGCAGCAGGAAUAACAGCGACAGUGUUCAUCCUGCUGACGAUCUUUGCAAUGCAAACUGCCAUCGAUUUCACAGUAUACACUGGCGUCGCGUUUGUCUUCCUAAUACUCCUGAUGAUCUUCGGAUUAGUGGCCAUGCUCUUCCCGACAAGGCUUCUUCAGAUGGUCUACGCCUGCGCCGGAGCUGGAUUAUUCUCUUUUUACAUCCUCAUCGACACGCAACUCAUCAUGGGUGGCGAAAGUCGGGCGUGCCAGAUAUCCCCAGAGGAUUACAUCACGGGAGCCCUGAUGUUGUACUUGGACAUCAUGAACUUGUUCGUCUACAUCCUGCAAAUACUCAGGCAGCUGAACGGCGACGAUUGAAUGCGAGGGGGCGCUGCUGCCCUUGUCGCUGCUACCGCGCACGCGCCUUGCGGCAGGCAGGACUCGCUGCAGUGCCCAACGAGGCGCGAAGCGUUUGUGACGCACAGUCACUGUCGGCGCCUUUUACGAUAAAGAAAUUUUAGAUCUGCUUCGGCGUAGAAAACAUCCGUGAUUUUAGUGAAUAAUAAGAAACCCCCGAACGUCCACCGUCGACUGAGAUUUCACUCCGGCACGUGCUCGGUUUGUUCACCUGAUCCGUCCAUUCUCCCUGCAGAAAUAUUGUUUGCGAUGCAUUGAUGCAGAGUUUAAGUGAUUCUAUGUUUCCGUAAAGGCCUCACGCUAAGCGGUAAUCCUCUUUUCCGUACCAGCUUGGUUGCGGCUGAAGGUUUUUACCGUAUAGGGAAAUUUUGCCUAUACGUGUAGCUAAAACUCUCCGAUUCGAUGUCUUUCCCGCUUUCUUCAGUUGCAAAUGAUGUUAAACUGGUAACAGAGUCCACAUUAUUUUCGCGAGAAGUUUUAUGCGAGUAGCAUUUGGAAA